CUAAUUGUUUUACUUAUUUUUGUAGGCAAUACAAUAGUAUAGAACCAUGGCUUAAACAAAAAAAACCAGUCACCCUCGGGAAAGAGCAAUUCUUACAGAGCAUAAAGGAUCGAGACAAACUGGAUGGUCUUUACGAGUGCAUAUUGUGUGCAUGUUGUUCGACAUCAUGCCCGAGUUAUUGGUGGAAUUCGGACAAGUUUUUGGGACCAGCCGCGAUCAUGCAAUCCUACAGGUGGAUUAUCGAUAGCAGGGACGAUUUUGCUAAAGAAAGAUUGAAAAAGUUAAAAGACGCACAUUCGGUCUUCAGAUGCCAUAGUAUUUUAAAUUGUACAAAUUGUUGUCCGAAGGAACUAAAUCCAGCUAAAGCGAUUGCUUUGACGCGGAAGCUCGUCGCCGGCGUAUCCAAGAAGCCCAAGUCCCAAAUGAAAGUUACUGGACUCCACAAAUAACAGUCCCUUAUUGUAUAGUUAUAAAAUUAAACAAAAUUUUUUAUCAACACCUGUACUUUUAAACAAAAAUAUACGUACCUAUAUUUGUAGAGUAAAUAA